GCAAGGAAGCAUAGAUACUUCAAUAUGCUUUUCACGCCAUCUGGUAGUGGUUAUUUUAGAUUCAUUGUUCUUCUUGUUGCUUCACGCCAUUUCGGUAUAAAAAUCUGUUUGGGAGCGGCUGACAUUUAUGCAAUUUAUCGUUCUGUAUAAACAUAUUUUCAUAUAAUACAGUGUAAUACUUAAAUUGGAAGAUCAAAGAUGGGAGAAGAUUUUAAUGGAGAUCGAGAGAGACAAGAUAGAGAGAAGGACCGUGAUAGGGACAGAGAUCGUGACAGGAGACACAGAUCACGUAGUAGGGAUCGUAGGAAGAGAUCAAGGUCUCGUUCCAAGGAUCGCAGAGAUCGUAAAAGAAGCAGUUCUCCUAAAAAAAGUCGCAGUUCUAGAAGAAGGAAACCAUCUUUAUAUUGGGAUGUACCACCACCCGGAUUUGAACAUAUUACACCUUUGCAGUAUAAAGCAAUGCAAGCUGCUGGCCAAAUACCUGCAAAUAUCGUAGCAGAUACACCUCAAGCUGCUGUUCCUGUUGUCGGUAGUACGAUCACUCGUCAAGCAAGAAGACUAUAUGUUGGUAAUAUUCCAUUUGGAGUCACAGAAGAAGAAAUGAUGGAAUUCUUCAAUCAACAAAUGCAUCUAUCAGGCCUUGCACAAGCUGCAGGAAAUCCAGUCCUUGCUUGUCAGAUCAAUCUAGAUAAAAACUUUGCUUUCUUGGAGUUUCGUUCAAUAGAUGAAACUACACAAGCCAUGGCCUUUGAUGGAAUCAAUUUUAAAGGACAAAGUUUAAAAAUAAGAAGACCUCAUGAUUACCAACCAAUGCCUGGAAUGACAGAUAAUCCGAGCAUGAACGUGCCAGGUACGGUUCCUGAUUCUCCGCACAAGAUUUUCAUUGGUGGUCUACCGAAUUAUUUGAACGAAGAACAGGUAAAGGAGCUUCUGAUGAGUUUUGGCCAACUGAGAGCUUUCAAUUUAGUAAAGGAUUCAGCGACAGGACUAUCAAAAGGUUAUGCUUUUUGCGAAUAUGUUGAUGUGUCCAUGACGGAUCAAGCAAUUGCUGGAUUAAAUGGUAUGCAGCUAGGAGACAAAAAAUUGAUUGUUCAACGAGCUAGUGUCGGUGCAAAGAAUCCUAUGAUAGGAGCACAAGCUCCUGUACAAAUUCAGGUACCUGGUUUAUCCAUGGUAGGCACAAGUGGACCUGCUACAGAGGUACUUUGCUUACUGAAUAUGGUUACACCAGAAGAAUUAAUGGAAGAAGAGGAAUAUGAAGAUAUUUUAGAAGAUAUCAAAGAAGAAUGCAACAAAUACGGUGUAGUUCGAUCCGUAGAAAUACCAAGACCUAUCGAAGGUGUUGAUGUUCCAGGAUGUGGAAAAGUAUUCGUUGAAUUUAACAGCGUUAUUGAUUGUCAAAAAGCACAACAGACUUUGACAGGACGUAAAUUCAACAACCGUGUAGUAGUUACAUCAUAUUUUGAUCCCGAUAAAUAUCAUCGUAGAGAAUUUUAGAAUGUAGAUUCUUAUUUCUUACCAAUUAAUGAUUGGCUGUAUUGUACGAUACAUACAAGUGAAUAAUCUGAUAUGUCUUAAAAGUAAAUAAUAUUUCGCGAGAAUAAUAUUCUCUGUAAUUCCUUUUAAUUAGAAUAUAGAAAUCAUUCAACUAUUUUUGACUGCACAGUGCAUUACAGUAAUAAUUUGCUAUAAUUUACGCUCAUUUCAUGAAAUGAGAUAUUGUAAUUCUUUAAAAAUGCAGUAUAAUUAAUAAUGCGUGGAAUAUUUUAUAGUUUAAAUAAUAUAAUCAAUUGAUAAUCUGAAAAUAAGAAGUAAAUAAUAAUGAUAUUAAAAAACAUUGCUAGCUGCAAUAUAAGAAGUUUAAGUAAUUAUGAUGGACAAAAGAAAUAAAAUAUUGUCACUGUGUUUAUACAGAUAUGAUUUAACAAUUAUAUUGAUUAGUACCCUCUUGAUACAUAAGUUGAAAAAUACAUGAACAAUAUUUUAAUGAUUUUUAUACACAAAAAUGAUAUAUAAUUAUAAUUAUCUAUUAAAAAUUAAGCUUCGUUUUGUACAGCUGGUUGGUAUGAAUGGCUUUUUGUUGUGUCAGCUGGAUCAAUUACAAACUUUUGCAGUAAAAGGUAAAGACCACCUCCUAUGAACAACAUACUGAUUCCACAUAGUAGCACUAUUGCCCAUGCAGGUAUAGCUGUACCUCCUAAGAUAGUUGAAACAUUUAUGUUAUUUUCAUGUAAACGUAACAAUUUCAUCAAUAUUUUACAAUUUUUACUCACUGUAAUAUUGCCUUGUUAUUGUCUUACGACCGCGUAAUAUUUUACGUCUUGCUUCUGUUUCAUCGAUGAAGAUUCCCAUAAUAACUAUGUUACCGUCAAAUAUAACCAGACAAGAAGAAUUGGGUGUAGCGUUGAUCGUCGGAUGAUGAAUCAACGACGAUAGAUAACAAGUGAUAACAGAUAAUAUAGAAUGUAGCUUAUCUGUUUUAAUACUAUAAGAUAAAGUACCUGAGAAAAUUCAUGUAGGCAAUGCAGUAAAAGAUAGUAAACUUUCUAAAAUAGUCUGGUAAAGAAGCUUUUACAUUUGUUGUCAUAAAUUUGGUAUAUUUACAAAGUUUAUGUAAAUUUAAUAUAUUUAAAACAAAUUAGAUAUAUUACUUGUAUAACAAUGACUUUUUAUUAAAUCUCUUAAGAAGAUAUUCAGUCUAUAUACUUCUUUUAUCUCUAUGUACGAUUUAUCUUCAUUAACGUGAGAAAUGGCACAUUGAAGAUUUACAAUUUGACAGAAUGCGAAAUGACUGUGGCUGGAUGUAUGGGACAAGGAUUCGGGUCCUUACAAUCUGAUCAACAGAAAAGAAUAAUCUGAAGUUAUAUUUCUUAAUCUCAUAAUGACUUUUUAUUGAUUGAAAAUUAAGGAACCAAGUUACAUAUAUAGUAAAUCAUUCACGCAAUCGUUGUGAUCUCAGAUAAGUAUACCAACGCGUGAGAAUGUCAAGUGAGAAGAAGACAAACUAGGCGGUAUAACUACUGCGAGUAUUAGGAGAUAAUAAGUAUAUAAUCUCAAUAUUAAUGGUAUUUAGCUGUAAGAUAACGUAAUAAUAUAUUCUCUUUUAUGUUUAUGUUUAUUUUAUAUGCAGUUAUAUUAUUGUUUCAAAGAAUGUUAAAAAUAAUAUUUAUAUUUAAGAAAGCAUGAUUCUCUCAUAAAGGUAUACUUGACUCGCAGUAUAUUCCGUUACAGUUAUUUUUCUCUCUCCUGUAUAUUGUAAGGAGUACUGGCAUAAACCAAUACAUGUAAGUGAUUUAUAUAAUAAUCACUUUUCAUUAUACCUUAUUCAAAGAAUAUGUGUAUACAACAAAAGUAAAGCUUUGAUGCGAUUUCUGAGAGUAUAAGUUUUAUAAUAAUAUAAAUGUAAAUAUAAAUAGCUGGCACA